AUGCACGGCCGAAAUAGUUUGGCGAUUGACAUACCGUAUACGUUAUCUGCAUCCGAGUCAAAACAGAGAAAAGACUUCCUUGUACAUUUAGAUUACUCUUCAGAUAUUGGUUGUUUUAUAGGGAAGAAAAACAUUGAUAAUUUUACUAAAGCUAAUCUACUUGAAAAACACUGGAUCCCGCCUAUAAAUUAUGAAUUUCCUUUUUGUGUGGUAACCAAGAAUGGAAAACAAACUAAAAAACCAGGCGGCGGAGUUCAAACAAAUACGACUCUUAAACGGCUUGUUAAACAACCCUUAAAAGCUUUUGAUGAUCUACUAGGAGAAAAAGGAUCACUAUUAACACACCAGCGAAAUAAAUAUCACCAAAUGUCGGUUGAAGCUAGAAAAAAUUUUCUUGUAAAUUACCAUACUCCUGACCUUAAUGUUGCUAAUCAAGUCUGUAAGCAACGAUUAGCGCAAAUUAAAGAAAAUAGAGAUCGUUUGCGACCAAUUGUCAGUACAAUUAUAUUAUGUGGCCGUCAAAAUAUUCCGUUGCGUGGGCAUAGGGAUGACGGGAAUAUAAGUUUAAAUUUUGUCGAAAAUGAUCAAAAUAGUGUGGUGGCAAAUCAAGAGGGAAAUUUUAGAGCUCUUCUAAGAUUUCUUAUCGAAUGUGGUGACUUAAUUCUUAGUCAGCUGUGGCGUGAAUCAAAUUUUAUUCAAGAAACUAUUUUAGCUAGAGUAAAAGAAGCAAAAUUAUUUUCAUUAAUAUUUGAUAAAACAACUGAUACCUCUCACACUGAGUAG